GGCGCAUUCGCAGCCUUCUCCACGAUGUGCAUCACGGCCAACGCUCGAUACCUUUGUCUUACGUCUUUGUCGUAACUACGAGGGUUCUCGCGCAUCUCCGCCAGAAGGAUCGCCUUCCACCACAUAGCGCGCCUGAGGCAUGCCCUCUGAGAGCCCAAAAGUGUCUGCACCAUAAAGAGCUUUCGCGUGGCCAGCGCUCCAGACAACUGGACCCACCAGCCUUGCUCCCAUCACGCUAAACAUGGCACGACGUUCUGAUUCUAGUUUUAACCUCUUACCAGGGAUGCGUCCGGGAUUCUUGAACACCAAUGCUCCUGCCGCACUGCGCACACCACGCAAGUCUACCAGGCCAGUGGCCUGCAGGUCUCCAUGGAAUCCCGAGAACUCAUUAUGGGUGGAGGAGAAGGAGCGACGUUUGUAUCUACAACACCUUCGCGAGUGGUCGUUCAACCACGAUUCAAGCCCGCAUUUCCAUGGAUCCAUUAGCCUGUAUUAUGGGUAUGGGUCUGGAUCCGAAUUCAAGCUCGGUAGGCCAGUUAAAUGUAUCCUCACUGAUUCCGCGAGCCCAGAUGCAAGGAAGGUAGUAUUAAUCCAGCUUUUUGAGCCGAGAUACAAAGGCGGUAGGUAUCGGCUGCUUUUGCGAUCUGGUGCGGGAUGGAUACCGGGUAGGCAGUAUCUGGACAACGAAUUCUUCACGCAUCGGAAGCUUCAACAUGCCAAGCCUGCGAAUGGGCAUUCCGAAGAAGUUGAUCGGUACAAAAAGAUAAAGUCAGAACUCCUUGGGCCAAAACCUGAAGCGAAAGACACGGUGAUCAUUCGUCCCUUGUUCCGGCACUUUACCCGUCUCCCUCUUGAAAUCCAGCAGAUGAUCUUGGGAUAUUCAGUUGGCAAACUGGAGCUUUACAGGCCUGGUCAGAGCACAAGAUUUAGCAGUUAUCUUAGGUCUGCCGCCAAAUUAAGGCUCGGGGAGAAAGUGACGAAGCUAUCUACGAUCUUCCUCAUCUCCAAGAGUUUGAACGAGCACCUGGUCCCCUGGAUUUAUCGAUCUACAACCUUCCACUUCGGCACUGAGGGAUUCACGAACUUCAUGUGGCUUUCCGGCCCCGUAAAUCGCGCGUGGAUCAAGAAGGUUACCCUGGCAUUUGGCGAGCAUGCCCCUAUCCAUUGUAUCCGCUGGUUCGCCCCCGACCCGAUCUUCGACUUGUUUGACCCACCAUUGACGCUCUACCCACGGGCCAUGCAGUAUUUCUGGAGAUGCCAAAUUCAAGACCUAGUUCGUGAGCUUCAUCUGAGUAUCUUGAGUGUGGAUAUCUCGGGCUUGCACAUGCAAGAUAUUCCAUUCGUUGCUCAAAUUCUUCGGAAGUGUUUUGGGAGCGUCGAGACCCUCAAUUUCACGUGGUGUGGCACCCCUAUACACCGUGGUGAUGCAAGAUUGGGCAAUCUUGAUGCGAUGGAUACUUGGGCUCAGCUCUGUGGAGACAUUAUUGGUCGGAAUUUCAGGGACACCGUGUAUUUCAGUGCGGCGCGCAUGGAGGCGUCGAUGGAAGAUUUAAGCAAAGAGAUGGCGGGGAACUGCUUUUUCUCUGAACGUACGAAUAUUUUUUUGAAAUUCUAGAGGGCCGUAAGAGACAGUGGCUUAAAGUCGAAGGGCUGGUUCAAAAGGGGUUGAUUGGGCGGGCAAGACUUCAGCACAAUGCCGAAUAACGGGGAAUUAGGUUCAGAUUAGAUUUCGAGCAUGCACUUCUACUCUGGUGUGGAAUGUCAGAGGGUGGUAAGGAAUAGGUCUCAUAAAUCCCACACUGAUAGUGCUGCCCUUGGCGUCCUUGGGUAUGCAUGACGUGUUAGCUACGUCGACAC